CUCAGAAGCAAAUUUAAAAUGGACAUAAUGCAGUAUUUCAGAGGAGUUUUCAAGCUCAAAGAUGAGGAAGAAAAAUAUCAUCGAAACCAACAAUUAGUACUGAAAGGAAAGGUCAAGCAUAACCCUGGUGAUUCGAUGGUUAUCUCAGAUAAGCUGAUCAAGGAAAUGGAGAAACAAGAGUCUUCUGAGAUGGCUAAAGUUAUUAAAGAUUUAUUGUACUUAUAAAAUCGAAGCAAAGCAUGGACCCCACCAUUGUUGGUUCAAAUUCUCCCAAUUCCAAAAUCUUCAAUAGCUCCUAUCUCACCAAGAACAAGUCCAAACUUCUAAGCAUAAUCUUAAGAGGGAGCAAAGGAAAUGCAUCUUUCAAGGAUAUAGACAAGUUCGUCCAAAAGAGUGCUCAAAAACUGCAAAAGACCGGUAAACCACUUUUCCUUCUACCCCAAGUAGGCACCGAUCAGGAAAGAAUGGAUAUCGAAGAUAUAUAUUUCAAGAAGAAUAUGUGUAAGUGGUCGGUCACCAUUAGUGAAUGAGAGGAAGAAGAGAUUAGCGACAAGCAUGAAGAAGUUGAAAAGUAAAGCCACAGCUAGUAUUAUUAUGAGCAAGUUUUUGAAUCUGAAGAAAAGUUCACCAUUGACACUGGCUGAUAUUGUGAAGACACAGAUCAAGAAAGAGGAGCAGAAGUAAGAAGUUAAAGAUUUGUGAUGAUACUUCUAUUCGGACGAUUAAGGAUUACUUAUUCAAGUUGGGAGAAGACCAGAAUAUCAUCCUGGAUUUGAAUGCCAAAAAGAUAUUAAAGAAGCUUUUGCCUCAGAUCAGUAAGGCUGAUAGAUCAAUGAGACAGUCACAAUCUACUGGACAGUUAGGAAAGUGAAAGAGAUCCAAUCAAGAGAAACUUAACUUGAAUUUCAAAAUUUAUCAACAAAGACAAGGUCCAAGUUUUGGUAAACAGAAUAGAAGAGCGAGUAUGAUACUUCCUCAACGAGACAGCAGACAUGACCAUGUUGAAGCAAUCCAGAUUACUAGCUCUAAGAAAUCGAUAAGUAGGAAUAAGCCAAAGUGCCAAUUAACUUUGACAAACAGUUUGAAAGAGCCAAAUUUCCUUGCUAAUAAAUUUGACUACAAGAAUUUCUCAUUCUCGACUGCAAAGAAGUUCACGCCCAAAAUGCAGAUGGAAAAGCGUACACUUCCAAGAGGACAGAAGAAGUUACAGAAUACGAUAUUUGGAAAAUUUCAAUAGUA